AUGGCCGAAACCCAGCAAGGGGUUCAUCCCCACGUUCCCAUCUGGCGCACUAUUCUCGGCGACCAGAAAAGCUGGGUCUUGUUCGAACACGGCACCUGCGUGAUCUUCCCGGAGCCAGGGACCGACCUGGCCGCGCAAGCCAGCGAAUUCCUAUCCACCUGGGGCCCUGUGGCUGUCGGCACCUCCGCGGCCGAUUUCAAUGUCAUCGAGCUAGACAACCCUCUGACGGGCUGGGUGGUUACUGGACACUCUCCUGAUGUGUUGAACUAUGUAUCUCCUCAAGAUGUCACAGAGUCAGAGCCGCCUGAUUUCCUGGUCGGGUUGUAUGGCAGAGGGAAUCGUGACCAAGAUGCUCAUUCGUUGAAGGUUAUUCAUAUAGAGGACAACCGUCAAACUGUUUCCUGA